AUGAAAUUGCUACAAAAAGAAAUUAUAAUAAGGCUUUCCAAUGAUUAUGAAGAGGCUUUUGAAUGGUAUUUAAAAUCAGCUAAUCAUGAAGAUAGUGAUGGUCAAUAUAAUGUUGGAUAUUGUUAUAAUUUUGGAAUUGGUAUAGAAAAGGAUGAAAAUAAGGCUUUUGAGUGGUAUUUAAAGUCAGCUGAAGAUGAAAAUAGUAGUGGACAUAAUCAACUUGGACAUUUUUAUCAAUAUGGAAUUGGUGUGGAAAGAAAUUAUAAUGAGGCUUACCAAUAUUAUUUAAAGUCUGCAAAAAAUCAAAAUAGUGUUGGCGUAAAAAGAGAUGAAGAGAAGGCAUUUGACAUAUAUACAAAUUUAUUAUUGUUAAAUUGUAAAGAAAGUAAAAUUAUCUACUACUUGCUUGGAAUGUGUUAUCAAUAUGGAACUGAUAUAAAAAAGGAAUAUUGUGAGGCUUUUGAGUGUUAUUUAAAGUCAGCUGAAGAGAAAAAUAGUAAUGGACAAUAUAGACUUGGAUUUUGUUAUCAAUAUGGAAUUGGUACAAAAAAAAAUUAUAACAAGGCUUUCCAAUGGUAUUUAAAAUGUGCAGAAAAUCAAAAUAGUGUUGGUGAAUAUAAUAUUGGAUGUUGUUAUCAAUUUGGAAUUGGUAUACAACAAGAUUAUGAAGAGGCUUUUGAAUGGUAUUUAAAAUCAGCUAAUCAUGAAGAUAGUGAUGGUCAAUGUAAUGUUGGAUAUUGUUAUCAUUUUGGAAUUGGUAUAGAAAAGGAUGAAAAUAAGGCUUUUGAGUGGUAUUUAAAGUCAGCUGAAGAUGAAAAUAGUAAUGGACAUAAUCAACUUGGACAUUGUUAUCAAUAUGGGAUUGGUAAAGAAAAAAAUUAUAAUCAAGCUUUUCAAUGGUAUUUAAAAUCUGCAGAGAAUCAAAAUAGUGUUGGUCAAUACAAUGUUGGAUAUUGUUACCAUCAUGGAAUUGGCAUUCAACAAGAUCUUGACAGGGCUUUUCAAUGGUAUUCAAAAUCAGCUGAAAAUGGAAAUAGAAAUGGUCAAAAUCAACUUGGAUAUUGUUAUCAAGAUGGAAUUGGUACAGAAGAAGAUACCUACAUGGCUACAAAAUGGUUUAAAAAUGCUUCAAAUAACAAGCGAGAUAAUUGGAAUAUUUCUAUAGAAGAAAAUACAACUAUUGGUUCACAUAAGAUACCACUCCAACCACCCACAAUAAAAAGACCUAACAUAAAGAAUUUUAAUAUGGGAGAUUUUUUUAAUGAAAUAUUAGAAUUAUUUAUGACUAAGAUAGAAAUUAAUAAUCAUCAUCAUGUAACUAAAAUUUUGAUGAAUUAUAUAACCCAGAAUGAUGCAAACUCAAUUGAGUUAUUUGAUUAUAUGCAAGAUUGUGAUGAUGAUGUUAAUGUUAAUAAUAUAAAGCUUAUAUUGGGAUUUUUUUACCAAUGUGGAAUAGGUACCAAAAUAGAUGCAAAAAUAGCAUUUAAUAUAUAUCUGAAUUUAUCAAAUUAUGGUGUAAAAGAUAAAAUUGUUGGCUAUUUACUUGGAUAUUGUUAUCAUCAUGGAAUUGGAAUACAACAAGAUCUUAAUCAGGCCUUUCAAUGGUACUUAAUAUCAGCUGAAAAUGGAAAUAGCAAUGCUCAACGCAAUGUUGGAUGUUGUUAUCAUUAUGAAAUUGAUGAAAUCAGGGAUUAUAAUAAGGCUUUUGAAUGGUAUUUGAAAUCAGCUGAAAAUGGAAAUGGAGGUGCCCAAUUCAUUGUUGGGUUUUGUUAUCAUUAUGUAAUUGGUGUAGAAAAAAAUUAUGGUAAGGCAUUUGAAUGGUAUUUAAAAUCCGCAGAAAAAGGAAAUAGUAAUGGUCAAUAUAGUGUUGGAUAUUGUUACCAUUAUGGAAUUGGUACAAAAAAAAAUUAUAAUAAAGCUUUUCAGUGGUAUCUAAUGUCAGCUGAAAACAUGAAUAGUAAUGGUCAAAAUAGUGUUGGAUAUUGUUAUGAAAAUAAAAUUGGCACAGAAAGAGAUGUUGAUAAAGCUACUAAAUGGUAUAAAAUGGCUUCAAGGCAUGGGCAUUCAAAUUCAAAUAUUGAAAUAGUACAAGUUAAAAAAACUACAACCAUUAAAAAAUUUUUUAAACUUUUUUGA